AUAAAUAUUUUUGGUUAAAUACCAAAAAAAUUACCGGCAUCUUCACCGCCAUCAUAUUGUGAUGUCCGAUUUUAAAAAAAUCUUGAAGCAAGACAGAACUUCAACAGAUGACAGAUUUGUAAUUUGUCAAAUGUUUUGAAAAUAUAAAUAUUUUCCUCAGAAACGAAGUUUAAAAGCGACUGUUCAGAGACGCAAUUUAUACUAUUUUGUAAGAGACAAUGCGUCGUCACUCUAAUGCAUCUCACCUGCGGAUGGGUCCAGCAGACCCGUGCGACGGAGACGGGUGUCUGAGGAACCUCUUCUGUACCUUCGUGUGUGUGACGCUGAGCAUGAUCCUAGGGCUCCAGAUGUACGCGUAUCUGUGGGGACCCACACAAAUUUCUCUCGAAGGAGACAUCUCCGAUGUUGGCCAUGUUGUCUUGCAACUCUCACAUGGAUUAACUGAGGUUAAUCGUAAGCACGAGCGACUGCAAAGCGAGAUGGAGCGGUUGUCAUCGGUGCUGCCAUCCGUGGCGGCGGCGGCGGACCGCGCCAAGGACGCGCUCGAGCCAGCUGUGCGUCGCACCAGCGCGCUCGACGCUGGGGACUAUGACAGGCAGCAUGCUGACUACGCCCUGGAGACGGCUGGUGCCAGGAUUCUGGACACGGGCAACACGGUGGAACACGUCAUACACGAGUCUGUAGUGAGCUGGGCGUUGCAUACGCUGGUCUCAGUCAUGUGCAACGAGUGUCUCGGCGCCCGAGCCAUCAUCAGGCCCGAGUCCCUGCCUGGAGAGUGCUGGGCCUUCAAAGGCUCUAGAGGGGAGGCCACUAUAAGACUACUGGGACCUGUUCGUGUGACUGGAUUCACAUUGGAACAUAUACCAAAGCAUAUUGCGCCGACACGGGAAAUAUCAUCAGCUCCGCGUUUAGUCCAACUGGAAGGACUAGAGAUUAAAAGAGAUCCAUAUCCACAUGACUUUGGGACAUUUGAGUACAACCGAGAUGGGAAACCGAUCCAGUAUUUCGAAGUGCGGAACCCGACUGCCAAGGGUUUCAGUAUGGUGCGCCUGCGCGUGCACUCCAACUGGGGACACUCUGUAUACACCUGUGUGUACAGGGUGCGUGUGCACGGCGAGCUCGCCAUGCGGUCGGCCGGCGACAACCCGGACAUGCAAGUUGAAAAUGAGUGAAUGAGGUUUUCUUUAACGUCGUGCUUAAGAAAAUAGGUAUAUAAAAUAUUUACAAUUAAAAAUCAAGUUAA